AAUAAACCUCACACGUCAGCGCCACAUUACACACAUUCACACAGACCAUUUAAAUCUCCACCGGACCUCUGAAUGUUCCCCAGUGUCUCACACCACCGAAAUCCAACAGCGCAAAGAGAAGCACCUGAGAAGACUUCUAUCUACAUCUGGUUUGGCUGGAUCUCAAAUUUGGCUGACUUGAGCAGAUCAGGGUUAUCAUUUCAACCAGAGAGGAAUCAAAGGAAUCAACUCAAUGAUCAUAGACGACAGGAAAGAAAACAAAGACGAUCGACAGCUGCCAGUUAAAGACACCGGUGUCAAGCUGGCAGGCCAGGACAAAGAUCCAGAGGUCCAGCAUGGGGUCAAGCCCCAGGAGAAGCAGGUGAAUGGUGACGAGCUCUUUAAUUCCCCAAGCAAUGACAAAAUGCUCCGAGCCGAGCUGGACUGGGCAGUGCCCAUGUGUGUGCAUCUACCCAUUGAAAUUCUGAACCCUGAGCAGGCGUUUCCCUUUCUGAACACCACACUGGCUGACCUGGGCAUUGAAGAAUCAGCGGUGAAGGAGCGUGUGGUGUGGGUGGACACGAAACGCACCCGGGUGAAGGGGAAGUCUGGGAAGCUGAAGGAGAAGGAAGUAAGCGUUCUGGAGGUGCGAGUGAAAGCGCAGCACCCAGGAGAGCGUCAGUGUCAGGAGGUUCUCUACAGCACAGAGUCCCACACCGAUCGCUCCUUCUGCAGAAGCGGGGUGGACAUUAUCCCAUGGAGACACACACAGCCAGCUGAAAAUGAACUCCAGCCAGUGGCAAUGACUCUGGGUUUGGACACAGUGUCCAAGUCCAAAUGGCAGAAGACAGAAGAAAAACGAGACUUGCCAAGCGAGGAGUGAGUGGAAGACAUUUGACAGCUAGGCUAAAGCAAUCUAACACCUCAGAUGACAAGACUUUUCCACUUUCAGAUUUUGGGCGUUUUAAACUGGUGCACAACAGUCUAAAUUCUGUGUGCUAUGCUGUAACUGAACAUUUUACUUAUUCUAUGUGGCAGUGCAAUUAAAGUUUUUUUGGUAGUAUGCUACAAAAAGAGAUUUUAAUCUCAUGCUAUUUAUAUAUUUUACAAUAUUCAGCAUACAUUUCUUCAUCAGGGACAGUUUAGCUACACAAAAUGUAAACUAUAUAAAGUUUAUCUUUAUUACACUAAUGUUUAAUAGUUUGGGGUCAAGGAUGCAUAAAAAUGAUCAAAAGUGACAAUAAGAACAUUUGUUAUGCUGUUUUUCUGAGCUUUCUAUUAAUUAAGAAUCCUAAAAAAAAAAAAAAGUAGCAUGUUUCCGCAAAAAUAUUAAGCAGCUCAAGUGUUUUUAACACUGGUAGUACAUUUUCUAAAGUAGUAAAUCAGCAUAUUAGAAUGAUUUGUAAAGUAUCAUGUGACACUGAAGACUGGAGUAAUGAUGUUCAGCUUUACCGUCACAAAAAAAAAAUGAUAGCUUAAAAUGUAAUAAAAUAAACAGUUAUUUUCAAUUCUAAUAUUUAACAAUAUUCCUGUUUUUACUGUAUUUUUGAUCAAAUGAUGCUUUUAAAAACAUUCGAACAGCAGUAUUUCUUUUUUGGUUUCAUUUGCAUGAAUGAUGCAUAACAAGGUGUUAAAAUGAUCCAGGAAUGAUGUAUAAACCCAUUUUGCAACAUAAAGCCCUGUACUUAUAAUCUGCACUUUUCUAUAAUAAUAAAAAUGUGCCUUUUCAGAAAGAAUGUGUACUCUUUAGGGUUUGUGCAGAUACUGUAAAAUGAAAUUCCAGGACUUAAGGACUUUUCAAGCACUACCUUUUUGAUUUUCAAGGACUUCAGA